CUUCCUUUCUGUCCCUGACGCCGCCGAGGUCGCACGCGCGAGGCCUUUCUGCCGCCGCCGAGAUGCGUUACGUCGCUUCCUACCUGCUGGCCGCCCUCGGGGGCAAUACUUCUCCUAGCGCCAAGGACAUCAAGAAGAUCCUGGACAGCGUGGGCAUCGAGGCGGACGACGAUCGGCUCAACAAGGUCAUCAGUGAGUUGAACGGGAAGAACAUCGAGGACGUCAUUGCCCAGGGCAUUGGCAAGCUGGCCAGCGUACCUUCUGGCGGGGCUGUGGCUGUCGCCGCUGCCCCAGGGUCUGCAGCUCCUGCUGCAGGUUCUGCCCCAGCUGCAGCAGAGGAGAAGAAAGAAGAGAAGAAGGAGGAGUCGGAGGAGUCAGACGACGACAUGGGCUUCGGCUUGUUUGACUAGAGUCCUGCUCCCUGCAAAUAAAAACCCUUUGUACGUA